CGCUGGGCUCUGGCAUGGUAUAAAAAUAUUAGAACAACAAAUUUAUAUUGAAACAAUCUUCUAUAUUUUUAAAUCAUGUUUUAAACCAUGGUGCUGUGUAUUAUAAUUUUAAUAAUUUUAUAAUGCAAAACUAUUGUAUUGAAAAUAAAAAUUAAUGAAUUGAAAGUGAAAAUAAAAAUUUUGAAUAUUGCAAAAAAAGUAAAAUAUUAAAUUGGUCGUACUUAUAUUGUCGUUUCAUAAGUGAGUCAUUUGUGUUUCAGAUGUGAAACUAUUUACCUUCCUGAAUGUUAAACAAUUUUGGAGUUUCGAACAAUAAAACACUCUGCGCAAAAAAAGGUGCGACUAUUAAAAUAUAUGGCGUAAUUCCUUUCGGACGAAAAACGUUAAUAUUUUAUUAACAUGCAUGAGCGAAUAUGAACUGGAUUACAACAUAAGUGGUUGUUUUGGCCUAUGUACAUUAGUGAUAUGGAAGACUAUAAAUUCCUUUUUAAAAUUGUGCUUGUUGGUAAUGCUGGAGUUGGUAAAACAUGUCUAGUUAGACGUUUUACACAAGGAUUGUUCCCUCCAGGACAAGGGGCAACUAUAGGGGUUGAUUUUAUGAUAAAAACAGUUGAAGUCGAUGGUGAUAAAAUAAAGUUACAAAUUUGGGAUACUGCUGGACAGGAGCGAUUUCGAUCUAUUACUCAAAGUUAUUAUAGAUCCGCACACGCUUUGAUUCUUGUUUAUGACAUUAGUUGUCAACCUACAUUUGAUUGCCUUCCGGAUUGGUUACGAGAAAUACAGGAGUAUGCCAACUCAAAAGUAUUAAAGAUUUUAGUAGGAAAUAAAACUGAUAGAGAUGACCGGGAAAUUCCUACCCAAAUCGGUGAAGAAUUUGCAAAACAACACGACAUGUACUUUUUAGAGACAUCAGCCAAAGAAGCUGAAAAUGUAGAAAGAUUAUUUUAUGAAAUUGCUGCUGAGUUAAUUGAUCAGGCUCGAAGUAAAGACGGUUCAUCUAUGAGUAAUAAAAAUUCUGGUGAUUCUAUAGGUCUGUCUUCUCUUGGUGCAAAGGCGUCUCAGAGCAGCUGCUGUAGUAGUUUUACCAAUAACUCUAACGUCAAUAAUGUACCAAAUAAUAUGACUUAAGAUAUUAAAUAUAGAACAUUUCAAUAUUGUUCACAAAUAACACUUUGAAAACGGGGAUAUCGCAAUACGGCAUACUAACUAAAUUAUUAUAUAUAUUUUUUUUAAUUAUUCUUUCUCUAUUGUUGUUAAUACUCUCAGGUAUUUUUUUGUGCGGUACAUAUUUUUCAAAUAAAACCGCAUAAAUAAAAUCUGCUUGAAAAUAUUACACCAGCCAACAAUAAAUGCUUGUCUUAAAAGCAAAAUGUAUAAUUUUAACAAAAAACAUAAAAGUUAGUAUGUAUAUCAAAAUAUAUGUACGUUUUUUAUUUAAAUUUUGGUGCGUUCCAUUAAAUAGAUGUAAUAGUUACUCAUUAAUAGUUUGAUGUAAAAUUUUAAUAAUUAAGUUAAACCAUCAAAAAAUUACAGUGAAUUUAUUUAAAAAUUUGAGCUGAAAGCACGUAAAACAACUUUUUAACUUAUUAUGAAAAAAAACACAAAAAAUCAUUUUAUUCAUUAAUUAUGCAAAACUAAUUUGCACUAAAAAUGUGAUUCCACAACUAGUUUUAUAUGGCAGUAUGUACUCAUUAUAGUUUCUGUACAAAAUAUUUUCAUUCUGAAUAACAAAACUUCAUUAAUAGUAUGAUAAUGCUUUUUUCUUCAAUAUUUAAUAAAAAAUCGUCAUAAAGGUCCAUUAUCUACUAAUCUAUUUUUAUUAUAUUUUAACAUAAUAUUCAUACACAAAUGAUUUUAUUAAGAUAAACUGAUUUAAACA